UGCUAGCAAAGAGCUAAAUUCCUGCAGUAAGCAAGUGUUUACAAAUAAUAUCUGUGAAAGCGAAUAUAAGAUAUAGCGUUGGCUAUUCGAAGCGUAUAACCUCGAAUAUUUUCUCAGUGCCAAUCUUGAAAAUUCACUGUGAUUUCAUAUAAUAAAACGAGUGAUGGAAAGUAAAGAGGACAUAAUUAGGGUAAAACAAGAAUCUAAUGUUACUUGGCCGGAAGCAGACGAUGAUUUCAAUUUUUAUUCGAUGAACUCUUGUAAAAUCAAAACCUUUAAAACAUUUGAAUCAUCAGCAAAUCACACGGGUGAGGUUAAGGAAUUGCAAGAAAAGUUGGAACAAAAAAUAUUCGUAGAAUUUGAAUGCAAAGAUGUUAAAUCUGAACCGAAAUCUUUUUCGACAAAAACCUGCAAAACUGAAGAUCCAAGUAAUCCACUAGUUGUGAAAAUAGAAAACCAAAUUCAAACUUAUCAUAAGAAACACGAAAUUGUAGGAACAUAUCAGACUCAAACUUACAGUGAUUUAUUAGGUAGCCAGACUAAACUUGAAGAUCAUGUUGAUGUAUUACAAGAUCGUAGCAAACCGUUAAAAUGUGAAGUUUGUCACAAAUCAUUUAAAUUCCAAAGUCGACUAAAAUUUCACGUCAACGCAGCACAUAUCAAACCCUUUAAGUGUGCGAUAUGUCAUAAGGCAUUCGGAGUUCAGUAUAUACUUAAAAGACACAUGUUGUUGGUACAUAAACAGAGCAAACCCGUCGAGUGUGACAUUUGUCAUAAAUCAUUUGGACUAAUAGAUACGCUUAAAUCUCACGUAAUUACUGUACAUUAUCGUAGCAAACCUUUCGAGUGUGACAUCUGUCACAAAUCAUUUGGGCUAAAAGGUAAUCUUAAUACUCACGUACAUACAGUUCACGAUCACAGCAAAACCUUCGAAUGUGAGAUUUGUCACAAAUCAUUUGGACAAAAAGGUUCCCUCAAAACUCACAUUAAUGGAGUACAUGAACGUAGCAAACCUUUCGAGUGUGAGAUUUGUAACAAAUCAUUUAGACACAAAUAUUACGUCAAAGUUCAUGUUAAUACAGUACAUAAUAAAAUCAAACCUUUCGAAUGUGAAAUUUGUCACAAAUCAUUUGGACAGAAAAGUAGCCUCAAAAAACACUUUAAUGCAGUACAUGAACGCGGGAAAUCCUUUAGAGUGUGCGAUAUGUCACAAAUCAUUUGAAUUUUAUGGUCAACUCAAAAUCCACAUUACUACAGUACAUGAUCGUAUCAAACCUUUCGAAUGCUAAAUUUGUCACAGAUCAUUUAGACAAAAAAGGUCCCUUCAACAUUCACAUAACUGCAGUACAUGAUCGUAGUAAACCCUUCAAAUAUGAUUUAUGUCAAAAAUUUAAUAGUCGCAAAGAUACUCUAAAAGGUCACAUGAAGUCUGUACACAAUCAAAUCCUUUGAGAGUAAGAUUUCUCACAAAUCAUUUGGACACGAAUAUCAUUACAAACGUCACGUGAACGCUGUGCAUAAUCAAAACAAACCAUAUAGAAGCUCAAAAUUUGUUACGGUAAAUUUGAAUCCAAUGAAGUUUUCUACACUUACAUUAUUAUGAUACGUAAUUUUAGAAAAUCAUUCGCCUACAUAUCCUGUAGUUUUGUAAAUAUCAAUAAUGGAUUCCAAAUUGUUAUUAAUUUUAUUGUAA